AUGACGUCCAAGAAUCCUGCGCAUACGUACGGGCGCAUUGCGCUGAGCGACCUGACGCCUUCCCAGACAUCCCAAUGGACUGUGCGAGCUGUAGCCGGAAGAUCACGGCAGUUUGAGCGUCCAGGGGCCCAAGCCGAUGCAUCGACCGACGCGUCUGAUGUAGCGGCCACCGUAUUGCGACUGCAGACGGCGGCGCUGGAUGAGCGAAUGAAUAUUGGCCUGCGCUGUGGUGCGUGUGACGUGGCCGCUUUCUCCUCACUGGACGAGCAGUAUGCGCAUUUCAAGUCGGCAGCGCACUGCGUGAACCUCAAGAGGAGAGCGAAGGGAUUGUCAUGUCUGUCGGAGCAGGAGGCGCUGCAGUAUUUAGAGACGCAGAGCCAGGAGAAGGACGGAGGCUACGUCUCGUCCUCGUCUUCCUCAUCCUGGUCAGAAGAAGAGGAGGAGAAGGUUGCUAAGACUUCGGAGCCUGUAGUUGAGUUUUCAGACGGCACGAGCGUCUUCAAGGUGUUCAAGAAUAUUCUUCCCGAUGUUGACGAGGAGGCAUUCAACCCAUACACUGCAUUGGACCAGAUCUGUGCGUCUAAGUUCCGGUGGGCGGUCUUUCUGCUGCGUAGUGGCCGCUUUGCUGGAGCUGUGUUUGACAAGGACAAGGCUCUGUGUCAUAAGACGUUCCAAAGGUACACGACGAGAAGGAAACAAGGUGGCGCACAGUCAGCCAGCGAUGCUAGUGGCAAGGCCAAAUCGGCAGGUGCUACGCUGCGACGGUAUAAUGAAGCAGCGUUGAAGCAGGACGUGGCAGCGUUGCUAUUGGAGUGGAAGGACGUGCUGAAGGACGUGGAGCUCAUUUUUAUCUCCAGCGGGAAGACAGAGCACGCGACGUUCUUUCCGGAGAAGAACGCAGUGCUGCAACCAGGUGACAAGCGAUUAAAGCGAAUUCCGUUCGCUACGUUCAGACCGACGUUCGAGGAAGUGUGUCGAGUGCGCUCUGACCUCAGCACCGUGCGGUUCUCGCCGCUCGAAGCAGAAACACCGUCUCCGACUUACAGCGUGAAGAAAUCGAAGAAGAAGAACAACAAGAAGCAGACCAGCGAUCCUGCACCUGAGACUGAAGUUAAGGCUGAAGCUUCAGAGGAAGAAGAGAAAGUGCCUCAGAUUAUUCAGUUGGUGAACGACGGUGACCUGAAGGGAAUCAAGGAGCUGCUGUCCAAUGCGGAGGAAAAGGAUAUUGAAGUGAACGUGGUGGAUGCCAAGUUCAUGACUGCUCUACAUCAUGCUGCAGCGAAGGAUGCAGUUCCAAUGGUGGAGUAUCUGCUAGAGCAAGGGGCCAACCCUGCUCUCUUGGACCUCCACAACCGACCGCCAUAUUUCCUGUGCAACUCGAAGGAGUCUCGGAACGCAUUCCGUAGGUACAUGGGUAAGCACCCUUAUGCGUGGGAUUACUCGACGGCACAGAUUCCCGAGGGUUUGACUAGCGAAAUGGAGCAGCGUAAGAAAGAAAAGGAAGCUGAAAAGCGGAAACGGGCACGAGAACGCAAGAAACAGCAGAAGAAGGAAGCUGCCGAACAGAAGCGGAUUGAAGCUGAGCGACAGGAAGAGCUGGAGCGGAAGAUCGCAGCAGGUAUGGCUUGUGAUUUCUGUGGCAAGUAUGCUGGCAAGUCUCCGUUCACUCGUUUAGAGUUCAAAUACUGCUCGACGGAUUGUGUCAACGAUCACAAACGCAAGCUCAUGAGGGAAGCAGCUCUGCGUCGACUCGGGGGUUGA